CAUUAUAUUUUUUCCUUCUUCCUCCUUCAUUUGGUCGUCGGUGUUUGUGCGGUGAACAUAGUUGUACGUUGCGCGUAACACGUGCUUAUAAUUAUUUCUUUAAUUUAAAAGUAUAUCUAAACAAUAAAAAACAUAAUGGCAGACGCAGCAGUCGAAAAGAAGGAAGUCGCACCCGAGGAGGUCACCUCAACUGAGGCGAAAGAGUCCCCAGUGAAGAAGUCUCCCGCCAAAAAAGUAGCGGAAGCGCCGGAGAGCAAUGGCAAGGAGGAGAACGGCAGCGAGGCGGCGGCUGAAGACGCUCCCGCUGAGAAUGGCGACGCUGAUGAGAGCAACGACGCCACCGAAAACGGUGACGCCACAGAAAAGAAAGAGGCCGGUGUGAAGAGGAAAUCUGUCCCCGCUGACAAUGGUGAUGCAGAGAAGACCACACCGGAGAAGAAGGCGAAAGUAGCGGAAGAAGCGCCACCCGCUGAGGCUGAGGAGGCGGCCGCCUAAAAUUCCUUACCAAAACUACCUCGCUUGGUUUACUGCAAUGCAACCAUGUUCAUUAGGGCUCAACUCAACCCAUAUACAUAUCUACAUUUAUAAAACAAAUAAUACUACUACUUGGACUUCCUAACAUGCCAAAUUUUACAGACAAUAGAUGAUAUACAAUAGAAUUUACCUGGAUACACAUAGUCUUAUGUGUCAUAUAGCUACACAAUACUUUUAGAUUCCCUGACACUUAGGAAGUCUUGGUAGUUUCCUUUUACAGAUUAUAUACAGCAUGUACAAUAAGAGUUGAGCUCUUUUGUGACCGCACUUAUGUUUAGGUUUAUAAUACAUUGUGUAUUAAAUCUUACCUGUGAAGUACCUGUAAAUUGUAAAUUUAAUGUUACUGUCAGUGGCAACCGUAGUGUGCAUCGCAGUGAACUGAACAUAAUUGCACGAGUCGGUUUAGGUGUUGUAUGCUGUUUUUGAGUAUUGGUGUCUAUCUCAACGGACUAGUAGCGGUGGAUUAUUGAAUUGAAGGUUACAUGUAUCGGUUUACAUAAUAACGCCAGUAAUGUACUGCCAAAGUAAUUCACUAAGUGUGAAAUCAAUUCACAAUCCGUUCUGUGAACGACGCGUUUUUUAAAACAGCUUCCGAAAAACAAGGAUUUUAGAUAAAGAAUAAGAUUAAUUAAAAGUUUAGAUAAUUAAUUCAGUUGUAAAUUUAAGUUAGCAGGUAAAACGCACAUUUUUAUAUUUCAUAGGCAUUAUUACUUAACCAUUUGAACAUUCCUUUGACAUUUUGGUUACGGUUUGCAGUGUGGACGAGUAAAGGUGCGUUUUGAAAGCUAGCUGCCGACUGGAACUGCCGACGUCACGUGCCGUGACUGAAUUAAAUCGGCCGCAGCUUCACAACUGGUUCUUCAGAUAUAAACCGUUCAUGCCGUCGCUGCAAGCGUUCGGCAGUUGCAGUCGGCAGCCAUAGCAUUGAUAACGCACCUUACCUUCCUUGAGUGUUGGAUGGAGUUUGCGUUGACAUUAUUCACAACUGAAUAUAAUGUGACAGUAUUGUUUUACGCUUUCGAACUCCAGCCGGCGCUCUGGGUAGACCCGUUAUUUAAAAUAAUUGUUCACAUUGUAACACUAAUUUUAAGAAUUUGGAAUUUAAUUAAAGUUCAAAGUUGACAAAUAAGGUGAUAGUUCAUAUUGACAUAACUUUUUUGUGCUAUUUUUUGUGUAAUUCUAUGGACAACUUUAUUUUUCUUAUAUCCUGUUUUUCUAAUUUAUUUUCUUAUAUUGUGAUAGUAACAGACCUCGAAUGUAAGAUAACCCUUGUGGAAACGAAUCUUCAUUUAUAUUGUCAAGUAAGUUAACAUUUUGUGUUCUUACUAUGAUAAAUAUUAUUGUAUUAAAGUUGUGACUAACUCUUUCAGAUUGUCUCUUACAAUACUUAAAUAAUAAUUUUGAUUCAAAGUACAUUUAGUAUUAGAUUUAAAGUAGCGUGUACAGUUUACACUUUACUUCUCUCAACUGUGGAGUUAGUGUUUGUAAAACAUUUCUGGCAAUAAAAUAGUCCAAUCAUAA